AUGUUUCUUUUCCUCUUCGUCGGACUGAUUUCGAUCUCGUCUGUGUUGACCGACUGGCCAGCAGGCCGGAAGAGCGACGUCAUCAUCAUCUUCUUGGCUCGGGCAGUUUGCAUAGUCAUCUUGCUCACAGAAGGCGUGGUGUCAGAUGUCGUUGCUCAAACCAUCGCACAAUCGAGCAGAGUCGAUCGUGUAGUCGAUGCAGACAAUGGUGUCCAUGUCACCACUCGCUCGUUGCCUGCUAUCAAUGAGCAAUACGAGCUGGCUAUACGUACUCCCGCUCCAUCUGCCGCGCCUUAUGACUGCGCCUGUGGGAAAGCGACGACGUUGACGAUCUGGCUCGGUCUGGAAGACACAGGCAAGAGCAAUACUCGCGUCUCAGCCUGGAAUGACGAAAGCUUUGUCUGGAUGCUAUCAGAGGGCUUGUUCGCAUUUGAUGCCGCACUACAAAUCCUCGUCCUCUCCGAUGGCAGAGGCAUCAAACAGAAAGUCAUCCAGCGGACCAACGCUCGAUCGUUCGUCAGCAUAGGCCUCAACAAAGACCCGUACGGCCAAGUGCGAUCGAGUUUGUUCACCUUUACCAUCGAUGCUACCGAUGACCAAAAGAUGUGGGACGACACCGCGCGACGAUGCUGCCGAGCUAGCGUCAAGCUGAACAUCACCUUGGGCGUCAACGAUGACUUUCUCUCGCCCUUUAACACUGCUACAACAGCCAUCAACUGCGGCCAGAAGGUGACGGGCAACCCAGAAUGCGAGCCAGGCAAAUCGACAGCAACUUGUUCUGAGCCUUUCCGCUCGAUCCGCCCCGAGCCAGUCGCGGAAGUGGACCUGCCCUUCGUGCGCACGUACAAUGUCUUGUACCAGGCAAAUGCGCGAUGCCCCAUACCGCGAGAAGGCGGAGGCCGUUUCCCGCAUGCUCUGUAUAACACUCAGUCGGGAGCCUUCCAGACCACCGUCGUCCUCGUUGGCAGGGGACCGCCGCGCUAUUGGGCACCCUCUCAUGCCACCUUUGGUAUGUUCCGCGCCUCUGUCUCGCUUGAAGCAAUCAGUCAGACCCCUCGCGAUUCUUGGAUCGACUUUUCUGUUCGCUUCCGUGGCAUUGGUGAAGAUCAAGACGGAUGGCCCGAUAACGACAAGAUGUGCUGCGAUCCCAUGGCAGAGUACAAAUUGCGGCUUUUUCUCUCCCGUCAGAGCGGUACCUGGAUGAGUGGACCUGGGCGGGAAAUGUUCGUCGCUUGUCUUCCAAGCAGACUUGCUUCUAGCUCGAACAGCCGCGCCAGGUGCGAGACAACGCAUCCGUACCCUUACGAAUACGAAUGCUCCUCAAUCUCGCGGGAACUCCAGAUUCAGACUGUUGGCAGUGCGACAAUGUAA